GUCACAACUAUUUUCGGUGUCCGUUCGAGGCCGCAUAAAAAAAACGCAUAGCAAGAGAACUAGAACAAGAGUGCGAAAAAAAAAUUACGCGACGGGAAACACACAGCGUAUUGCGAUAUUAUUCUAUAGAACCCGAUCACAGUUGGUAAUAUUCUACCUUGUAUGAUUAACAAAAUUGCCGUGCGAAGAAAAUAAUAUCUACAUUGUACAUAAGAUCUCAAUCUCUCACAGAUUGUAACAGCAGCAUUGUUCAGGGCAUCACAAGCAUCAUGAGCGCUGAAGAAAGCACAGAACAGCAGACCGCUAUUGCUGAGGUAGCAGAAGAUCAGCAAUCUGAGGAUACCCCUCAGGAGCAACAACAGUCGGUCAGUGAGCUGGAAAAGCAGGAAGAGGAAAAGAUGAAGGCCAAGUACGGCUCAAACGUUGGUAUGGGCGGUCCGCGCGGAUUGGGCGGCCAUUCUGCGUUUCUGCAGAAGCGUCUACAGAAAGGUCAAAAAUAUUUCGACUCCGGCGAUUACCAGAUGGCCAAACAAAAGGGCGGCGGUGUAAAGCAGGUGUUUGCGAACAAAGUUCCAACCGGUGAAGCGAUACCGACUCCCGAAACGGUGCCGGUGCGAAAAACGUCCAUCAUUCAGACCUGCAACAAGUUUCAAAGUUAAAGUUUCAGCAAUGUUUCCAGUGAUCUUGUGCGAAUGAGUGAUCGUGGGUAGAACGUGGGGGAGCGGAUGUUGUACGGUUAAGGGGAAGAGCUGCCGGUCAGUUGUGGAUGGGUUGACGGAAUGGAGCGUCACAAGGCUGAGUUUUGAGAAGAGAUUUGGCUAGAAGAAAAAAAUUGCUGUACAUGAACGUACACAAUGUCACAAGCGAAUGCUCUAUAACACACUACUACGUCCGUGGUGUUACUUUUUCUAUUGUAAGGAAUUAUUGUAAUUUCAUUCUUUCCCGGUGUCUUGAGUUUUACCGCGAUUCAAAUUCUAUCGGACCCGUUUGUAUCUAUCACCAGUGUUGAACGAAAGGAAAGCAUCUUAUUAGGACCGAACCGUCGUCAAACUUAAUCUAGUGCAGCUAGUACCACUAAAAAAAUGUGCAUUGAUUUAAUUGCGGUCAAAAUCUAAAAAUCGAUGAUUGAAAGUUAAAAAACAAAAGUUCAUAUAUGUUCUCCCUUAACUGUACGAUUACGCUCCCCCGCCUUUGCUGCGUUAUUGGUAAAUAUAUCUUUAAUAAUUGGUAAUGUACUUGUAAUCCUCAGUGAAAAGUUCACGGGAAUGUUGAAGCAGAAUAACAUGUGCGACAUACUGUUGUAGGAUUAUGGAAUGGUAGGAAUGUUAGCUGAAAGUUCUAACCCCGACGGUGUACGUAUGCUAUUAGGUGUAAUGUGUGUUUAGGUAAGCUAGCGAGAGAGAGAGAGAACGUCGUGCCAGGAUCCACCAAUAUACAUCUCCGUCAUACGCAAUUCACCUCCCCACGAACCCGCCCUCCCUUUCCCACUCUCUUUCCAUCCUCAGAAUAACACUUGGAGCUCCACAUCAUACUAGCUUUCUAAGUGCUACGCAUAGGAAGCAACAAUGUUCGAUCAAAAUGGAUAAAAUCAGCAACGAUUAUAUGUUCAUAGGCGUACGCAUUUUGAACAUAAAUGCACGGGGUCGUAUUUUGUAGGGAAUGGAUUGGAUUGAAACACACUCACAAAUAAUAAAAAAAAACUGAUGGUAACAGGUAUUUUGUUAA